AUGGACAGUGACAGCUCCAGCUCAGGCGUUGAAGAAGUGGUGCUAGCUGUGCUGCUAACACCGUCCAGCAACGCUCAACAGCUAAGUCGCUUUAACGUCGGCCUGCCCUCGACAGACCCAGCUUGGAAAGCGAAAUUCCGCUUCGAGAAAGAGGAGCUCCUAGUCCUCGUUGACCUAUUGAAGCUACCAAACCCAUUUCCAACUCGCCAGCGCUACCUCGUGUCAGCUUUCGAGGCUCUCUGUAUAUUUCUGUGGCGGAUGGCGUAUCCAGCACGCUUGAGCGAUCUACAGGACCUGUUCGGCCGUAAUGAAACCGCAAUUUCGUGA